GUAGAUGAAGCAGGCAACAAUGGCACGACUCUACCACUCCUUUCUCUGCUUCCUUGUGGUUCUAGGAGCCAGCAUCCCCUUCUUCCCAAUCGCGAAGGCCACGACAAUAGCAGGGUGUUCGAAGGCGGAGAGCGACGCCCUUCUCACCUUCAAAGACGGUGUCAUCGAUCCCGCCAACCGCUUGUCUUCCUGGCAAGGCCAAGUAGACUGUUGCAGAUGGAGCGGCGUGGUGUGCCAAAACAUAUCCAGUUAUGUGCAUGUUGUGGAGCUCAACCUCCAAGACGAUGACUACUUCAACUACCAAACGGCUUUAUCGGGUCAGCUCCUCAAUCCAUCCUUGCUCUCCUUGACAUAUUUGAGUCGACUCAACCUCAGUGGCAAUGACUUCGGAUGGACCCAAAUCCCGCAGUCUGUUGGCUCCUUCAGUAGCUUGAGGUAUCUUGAUCUUUCUUGGACAAAUUUUGGCGGGAGAAUUCCUGCACAGCUUGGAAACUUGUCGACCCUCCUCUAUCUUGAUCUGAGCUCGUACUGGUCCUUCUCUGCAACUAAUUUUGUGCUGUAUAGCCAAGUUGAUAGCAUGGAGUGGCUAAAACAACUCACUUCUCUGAGGUAUCUCAACAUGAACGCUGUGAAUCUGAAUGCAGCCUCCCAUGAAUGGCUACAAGCAGUGAAUAUGUUGCACUCAUUGGAGGCAUUACAUUUACCAAACUGUGAUCUUGCCAUGGUCCCUUCUUCUCUUUCCUUUGUCAACCUCACGGCUCUUGAGAUUCUUGACCUCUCGGCCAAUUUAUUCAUGUCCACCUUACCAACUUGGCUGUGGGAAUUCAGCAGCCUCUCGUAUUUAGAUCUAGAAAGUAAUGAAUUCUAUGGCCUCGUACCUGCUGCAGUUGGGAACUUGACGUCCCUUGAUACUUUGAUCCUUGGAGAGAAUAAUUUAGAUGGAGGAACUAUUUCAGCAUCAAUAACACACCUCAUCCAUCUAAACACCUUUGAUUUCAGCUAUAACAACAUGAGUGGUGGUGUUCCUGAUUGGCUAAUGCUCAUGACAAAUCUCACUCACCUUGACCUCAGUUUUUGCUCCAUGAAGGGUCUGUUUCCCGUUGAGAUUGGAAGCCUUUCCAAUUUGGUCUAUCUUGAUCUCUCUUCCAAUUCAUUACAAGGUACUGUCUCCGAACUCCAUCUUGCCAAUUUAACGACACUGGAAACAUUGUAUUUGUCCAACAACUCCUUGUCGAUUUUGAUCAAUGAGGAGUGGAAUACUACAAUGAAACUCAAACACAUCGGAUUCAGUUCUUGUAACCUGGGACCUCAUUUCCCUCGAUGGCUUCAGCGGCAGAGAUCCAUUGUGUCACUGGAUUUGUCGAAUGCGAGCAUUAAAGCAGUUUUGCCUGAUUGGUUGUGGAGUUCUUGGCCAGCCCUUGGUGCAUUAGAUAUCUCUCAUAAUAACAUAAGUGGGAGUUUGCCACAAUCCUUGGAAGGCAUGGAGGAGCUGCAAAUCAUUAUGGCAAGUUCUAACAUGCUUCAAGGUGUUGUUCCAACUUGGCCGAGUUCGAUGCGAAUACUGGAUCUUUCUAGUAAUUCAUUGUCAGGGUCACUACCAACAACAUCAGCAGCAGAACAUCUUUCAUUUUUGUUACUAGCAAAUAAUCAAAUCAAUGGAAGCAUGCCAUCCUACUUCUGCAAUAUGACAUAUUUGUAUUACAUUGAUAUUUCAAACAACCAAAUAGAAGGGGAAAUCCCUCCAUGUUGGAAUUCAUCAGAGCUCAUUUUCAUGAGGUUGUCCAACAAUGAUCUCUCAGGAUCGAUUCCUAGCUCUGCCAUGAGCCAAAAUUUAAGAUAUUUGAACUUAAACAAUAACAGCCUUUCAGGAGAAUUGCCUCCAUCAUUGCAGAAUUGCAGUUUGCUGACUGUUCUGGAUCUUGGUGAGAACAAGUUAUCUGGAAACAUACCGAUAUGGAUCGGAGUUAGUUUGCAAGAACUAUCGAUCCUCAGGCUUCGCUCGAAUACACUCUCCGGUAGCAUUCCUCCACAGCUUGCACAGUUGAGUAACCUGCACAUCGUUGAUUUCUCCAAUAACCAACUAUUGGGGUUGAUACCGAGCUCAUUUGGAAAUUUUAGCGCGAUGAUUUCCACUUCGAAAUAUAUUACUGUCCCACGCUUGUUUGGCAUACAAAGCUUCCCAAAGUUCAUUUUUCGGCCAACAGUAAGCAUUACACUUUCUGCAAAGGGACAGGAACUCGGAUAUUCGACGAGCGCCCUAGAUCUUGUAAAGAGUAUAGAUCUUUCCAGUAAUGAUCUAACUGGCAAAAUCCCCCAAGAACUCGGAGCACUCUUGGCACUUCAAACGUUGAAUCUGUCAAGAAAUAAACUGCAAGACAGAAUUCCAGAUAUGUUUGCUGGGAUACGGUACUUGGAGACACUUGAUCUGUCAUUCAACAAUUUGUCAGGUGCCAUUCCUGAAAGCUUGUCAAGAUUGAGUAUGCUCAACCACUUGAAUCUGUCUUACAACAACUUAUCAGGAAGGAUACCAUCAAGCAAUCAGCUCCAAACGCUUGAUGACCCCUAUAUUUAUGCUGGCAAUGCCUAUCUCUGUGGACCUCCAGUUUCGAACAAUUGCUCGGCUACCGCUGUUGUGGACAGAGAAGCCAUGGAUGAUGGGUCUGAAUUGGCUUUCGUGUAUGUUGGCUGUCUAGUUGGAUUUCUUGUGGGACUUUCUGGUGUGUUUAUCCUUCUAUGCAGGAAAAGUUGGAGGUAUUACUACUUUGAAACAAUUGACAAAUAUUAUCACAGUUUCAGGGUAAAUCAAUGGCGAUUUCCAUCUUGCAACUAACACCGUUGAACUGGGGUAUGCAUUGUUUGUGCUUAAAACAGAAUCUUGCAGCAUUAAAUAAAUAUUGUAAAUGAUUAGAACAAUAUAAUCUAAUGUGGAAACCGAACCUCGUAGAUUGGACAAUGAUAUCGAUGUGUGUUUACUUGUUUUUAACUUGCCUUCUA